AUGUCUACGGUUGCAAACAAGCCGCCGGUUAUCGCAGUCGGCCGAGCGACUUCAGACACAGGCACCUCGCCUCCAAAGCCGACCCAUACGCGAGCCCAAUCCGUGCGCUCGGCCACUCCCACCGGACAGCACGUCAGGACGAGAUCCGUCCAUCCUGUCUCUGCCCGCGCGGCCGUUGCUCGACGAGAUACUGCCAUGAGCAGCACAGAUUCCGACGCCCGAGCGGCUGCUGCCGCUGCGCUGGAGGAUCUCCAGCAGCGCCUGGAAAAGGAGGAGAAGCAGUCGGAGCAGUAUAGGCGGCAGGCCGAGGUUCUGCAGUCCAAGCUGGACGAUGCGGUCAAGGAGUCGGCCAAGCUCGAAGAAAAGGUCCACGAGCACGACGAGCUGAUCGAGACGCUACGAAACGAAAAGAGAGAAGCCGGUCGUAAGAUUCGGGAGAUGGAGACAAUCUACGAGGCUGAGCGAAGCGCCAUUCUCAAGGAAAAGGAGGAAAUGGCGACUAAGGAGGAGGAGAUGCAAAUGGUUAUUGCACGAUUAAAGGAGACGCUGGCCCAGAAAUUGAGCCUUGAGGACGAUCCGAGACCAUCGAGGCAAUGUAAGCAACCUAGCGCUUCGCCCUCGCUUGACGGCAGCGGCUUCGCUCCCCCGUCUUCCCUUCAGCGAAGCGAUUCGCGAAAUAGCUCUAAGCUGAUUCUCCAGAAGGACAAGCUUAUUGAGUCACUGCGCCUAGAGCUCGCAGAAGCCCAGAUUAAGCUGGUGGAAACCGAAAACCAGGGCGGAGGCAGAUUGCAAGAGGUUGAGCGUCAGUUGAUGGAGGCCCGCAUGUCCAACGCGCGCCUCAUGGAGGACAACGAGAGCUAUCAACUGCUUCUCCAGGAGAAGACUCUCAAGGGAGACUUUGGCCAGAGCGACUUUAGCUACAUGAGCCCAACCGUGAACCAUGAGGCAUUAGACGCCCUGGAGGGCAAGACAGGCGGCUCCAGCCUUGCUGAUGAGCUUUCGGAUGCGACGCAGUCCGAGGGCGAACCUACCGUUGACCACCGUCGCCUCGAGAGCGAACUCAAGGCGCUCAAGGAGAAGAACAAGGCCCUCACUCUGUACAUCAACAAGAUUAUCGAGCGCCUGCUCCAGCAUCAGGACUUUGAGACGAUCUUGGAUCAAUCAGCCGACAUGAAGCCCCCGCUGCCUGAAAAGGACAAAGACCUUCCACCACCACCGCCACUAAACGGGUCGUUCAGCCCACGACUCGACGGGCAACCCAUUCUGCAGCGGACCAGAACUGCGCCUAUCAUGACGGGGAGACCAAGACCGCGGCCGUUCUCAAUCAUCCAGACCUCCGACGGUACUCCACUGGACCACACCGACCCCGAAAAGGCACCCAGCAUUCCCAUUGGCCUCGGCCGAAUAAACAGACGUUCGCGACCUGUGAGCGACCAGUUCCCGGGAGCUGCAUCUCUAGUUAGCCAGAUGUACAGAGGUCCGGACAGCCCUGCCUCGCCACCACUCAACCAACGGCACUCGCACGCUUUCUUCCCUACCGCCGGCGUGAUUGGGACUCCGGGUCGGAUUCCUAGCGGUAGCCAAGGAAAUUUCCCGGGCACGAGAGGCGAGAGAAGCGAGACAUCAAGCCUAAGCGGCGAGUCUGGUGAGAUCUCGACGCCGCCGUCGCAGUCGCCACCGCGAUCACACUCGGACAAGCAGACAACCUUCACCGGCAGCAAGCCGCGCCCGCUGAGACUGGUCCAGGAGAACCCAGAUGCCGUCAAGGAUAACAACGCCAACAAGCGUGCAAGCUGGAUCUCUGGCUGGACCUGGGGUGGAAAGAAAGACGACCACUCGCCAGUAAGCCCUGCGAUCCCAGAGUAG